GAGUUAUAAAUGUGGGAAAGAAGUGGGAAGUAUAGUAUAUAAACUUUGGCUUCUUUAGGAAGUGGAAGUUUUCCGAAAGCUGAGGUGCCCGGAGUGGAAGCCAAAGCGAGGUUAUAAUUAUAAGAAGCACAGUAUUAUUUCAGCCAUCAAAAUGGGAAGAGGAAAGAUAGAGAUAAAGAGGAUUGAGAACACGACGAAUCGUCAAGUGACAUUCUGUAAGCGAAGAAAUGGACUUUUGAAGAAAGCUUAUGAACUCUCUGUCCUCUGUGACGCUGAAGUUGCUCUCAUUGUCUUCUCCAGUCGUGGCCGUCUCUAUGAGUACUCUAACAACAACAUAAGAUCAACAAUAGACAGGUACAAGAAGGCAAAUUCAGAUAGCUCAAGUGCAAGCUCCAUUAUAGAAAUAAAUGCCCAGUAUUACCAACAAGAAUCAGCAAAGCUGAGACAGCAAAUUCAAAUGCUGCAGAAUUCUAAUAGGCACUUGAUGGGUGAUGCCUUAAGUUCGCUUUCCGUCAAAGAACUGAAGCAGCUGGAGAAUAGACUUGAAAGAGGCAUUACCAGAAUCAGGUCGAAGAAGCAUGAAAUGUUGCUAGCAGAAAUUGAGUAUCUGCAGAAAAGGGAAAUGGAGCUGGAAAACGAAAAUGUCUGUAUACGCACCAAGAUUUCAGAAGUUGAGAGGCUUCAACAAGCAAACAUGGUUUCUGGGUCAGAGCUCACAGCAAUCCAGGCAUUAACUUCUCGCAAUUUCUUCAGCCCUAAUCUAAUUGAGGGCCCCGGACCCGCCUUCUCUCAUCUAGACAAAAAGAUUCUUCAUCUCGGGUGAGAGAGCUCUCUCAGAGAGGAAAUCUGGAAAUGGUAUCUCAACCUCAUAUUAUCUUAAAUAAAGAUAUCAUAAUUAUCAGCUACUCUAUCGGUAUUUUGUGUAACAGAAUCAGUUCAUCAAUGGUUUAUGCAACUGUCUUUUAUAUGGUCGUGCUUAACUAGCACUCUAGCUGUUGGAAAAUUAAACCCUUUGAAUGCAGAAAUGUGCUUGCUAUAAGGAUUUCUAUGUAUUUAAAUACGUAUGUUAAUUGGGUCUCCGGAAGAUCAGUUGUAUGGUUCUAGCAAAACCUUCGUAUUUAGCUAAAGAGAUCUCAUUUUGAGACUAUUAUUAGUUGAUAAGUUAAUUAGUCAUGGUACGAAUGAUGAUGUUGUUGGAAACUGUCAUCAGAAAUUUGAUAAGUUAGUGAUGAUGAUGUUGUUGGAAUCUGUCAG